GAAAAAGCCCCUCGGUCCUACAGGUUUUACUAAUAGUUCACCAUGGCCAUGCUGGGACUUCUGUUGGCCGCAGCCCUUUGUCUGGGCUCUGCCUCUGCAGCUUCUUUGAGAACUGUGAAGACUGAAGGGGGUCUGGUCUCGGGAAAAAACUAUGGUGUUUCCGGACUCUUCCGCUACAUGGACGUCUUCAAAGGAAUCCCCUUCGCUGCUCCCCCUGGUCGCUUCGAGAAGCCAAAACCCCACCCUGGCUGGGAUGGUGUUCUGAAAGCAAGAGACUUCAGGAACAGAUGCAUCCAGCUCAACCUCAUCCAGACAGACACCCGCGGUGAUGAGGACUGUCUCUUCCUCAACAUCUGGGUACCUCAGGGAACCAAAGUUUCUACCAACCUCCCUGUCAUGGUCUGGAUCUAUGGGGGUGGCUUCCUUGUCGGUGGUUCCAUGGGGGCUAACUUCCUGAACAACUACCUGUACGAUGGGGAGGAGAUCGCCAACAGAGGCAACGUCAUUGUUGUGACACUGAACUACCGUGUCGGAGCUAUGGGCUUCCUCAGCACUGGAGACGACGGCAUCCCUGGUAACUACGGCUUGUGGGAUCAGCAUGCUGCUAUUGCCUGGGUGCACAGGAACAUCCGCGCUUUUGGUGGAGAUGCUGACAACAUCACCGUCUUCGGAGAAUCUGCUGGUGCGGCCAGUGUCAACUUCCAGCUCAUCUCUCCCAAGAACAAGGGGCUCAUCCGCAGAGGCAUCUCCCAGAGUGGUGUGGCCCUCUGCCCCUGGGCCAUCGUCAGGAACCCCAGAGAAUAUGCUGAGCUGGUUGCCACAAGGGUGCACUGUCCAACUGAUGACAAGAUGGCGGCUUGUCUGAAGAUGACUGAUGCUAGAACUCUGACUCUUGCUGGAUCUUUGGACGCGGUUGUGUCUCCAGCUUCUCCCGCUGUCAGCAAACUGGUUCUCUCUCCUGUCAUCGAUGGCGAUUUCCUGCCUGACGAGCCCGCCAACCUGUUUGUAAACGCUGCAGAGAUGGAUUACAUUAUUGGUGCCAACGACAUGGAUGGCCACCUCUUCGCUGGUCUGGAUGUGCCCUCCCUCAACCAGCCUAUUCAGCAUACACCCCUUGAGGAUUUAAAGACCCUCAUGGCUGCUCUCACCAAAGAGAAGGGACCACAAGCUGCUGACCUGGCCUUCAACGAAUACUCCCACACUUGGGGGAAGAAGCCUACAAAGGAGGAAAUAAAGAGGGCCGUUGUGGAGGUGGAGACCGACUACAUCUUUCUGGUGCCCACCCAGGCCGCUCUCUACCAGCACAGCAGUGUUGCCACGACCGGUCGUACCUACUCCUACCUGUUCUCUCAGGCCUCUAGAAAUCCCACGUUCCCCAGCUGGAUGGGGGCUGACCACGCUGAGGACUUGCAGUUUGUCUUUGGCAAGCCCUUCGCCUCCCCUCUGGCAUACUGGCCCAAGCACCGUGAUGUCUCUGGAUACAUGAUCGCCUACUGGACCAACUUUGCUAAGACAGGAGACCCUAACAAAGGUGAGAAAGUUCCUGUCACCUGGCCUACAUUUAACAAUGAGACCCACCAGUAUGUGGAUAUCAACCACAAGAUGGGCAGAAACUCUGUCAAGCAGAAGAUGAGGCUGCGCUUUGUGAACUACUGGAGCAACACUUACGCCAGCUUGCCCACCAUCUCUGAGUAGACCAGCCUAGAGUUACAUAGAGUCCAUUUCAGUAUGUCACUUCUAUGGUCUAGACAUCCUCAACUCAUAUCAUUGUGAUAAUUACAAUGGGAGGGAGUUUCAUCAAAGUUCAACUCAAAAGCAAAUCAGCUCACUGUUCACCACGCUUUUGAAGUAAAUGAAAAAGAUUGAUGCAAUAAAAACACUUAUAACUUUUA